AAUCUAAUGCAAAGAAAGAACCACCAUUUUUAGGAGUGGCAGCUUCCUCAUUGGUUCACUAUCUCUUUCUCUCUUGCUUCAACCAAAUGAGGAGUCCCCACAAAGAAACCUGCAACUCUCGUCAUUUCACAUGGCUCAUGAAAUCUUGCUUCCCAAAUCCUCAUGAAACAACAACAACAACCACAAUAAAACUCUCUUCUUCACAACCGCAACCCCACACUACUUCCCAUACACAAGCCACCACAAUAUCCUCCCUCCCAGACGACAUCGUUUUAGAUUUCCUCUCUCGUCUUCCACCUUCUUCCCUCCCUUCUCUCUCCCUCGUUUGCCGUCGCUGGUCUCGCCUCCUCCACUCGUCUGACUUCUCCGACCUCCGCCGCCGUCUCCACCUCCUUCACCACACAGUCAUCGCUCUUGUAGCCACCGAUUUUGGAUUCUCCACCGCAACUCUCCUCAACGGCGUUUGGAGCCCCGCCGUAUUCCUCCCUUGCUACGACGCUGUUUCGCUUUUAUCUCAAGCACGCCUUGCUUCAAUUGGUCCUAGGAUAUUCGUUGUCGGAAGAAAUGCUACUGUGGUUUACGACACAUGGACGGGAAAAAUGACCCCACGCGCCGCCAUGAUAUCCCCAAGAAAGAAAUUUGCAAUGGCGGCUGUUUCUGGAAAAAUCUACAUCGCAGGGGGAGGUUCGAAGACAGCCACGGUCGAGGAGUAUGAUCCUGUUAGAAAUAGUUGGAGCGUGGUAGCGCACGCGCCGAGGAAGAGAUACGGUUGCAUUGGAGCUUCAUGGGAUGGAAUAUUUUACGUGAUUGGCGGGUUGAGAAUUGGCGCAUUGGAGCAAAAUGAAUUCUCACGCGCUAGCUUGGGAGGUGAGACUCACGCCGCAGCGUAUGCAAGCUCAAUGGACUUGUUUGAAGUGGAGGGACGUACGUGGCUGAAGAGUCGAGCGGUGCCCGGUGGAGGUUGUGUGGUGGCUGCUUGUGCCGUAGCCGGGAAAAUAUACAUGUUGACUAGUCAUACGGUGGAGCUUUCCUUUUGGAGUUUUGAUGCAACAAGAAAAUGCAACGGUGGCGGUGGCGCGUUUGGUGAAUGGUGUAGGAUAAAAAGCCCGCCAAUGCGGUCGCCGAUUAGAGUCCACACGAGAAUGAGGUUUAGUUGCGUGGGAAUGGGAGGUAAGGUGAUGUUGAUCCAAGUUGGUGGGUGUGUGAAGUCAAGAGAUGGGUUUGUUUUGGUGUAUGAUUGUGUGACCGGAGAGUGGGAGAGAGGAGCAGAUUUGCCGGAGGUGUAUCGACGCGCCGCAUAUGUGGGUGUGGAAUGUUGAAAGUGGACUAGCGUACGUGUGUGUGUAGUGAGACCAGCAGACAAUGGUGCGUGAAACAAAGCUCAUCAUAGGAUAUAGGAGUAGGAGGGUAUCUAAUCUAAGCUCGUGGUUGUGGUCCCUUCCUUUGCAAGAAAGUGAUUGGUUAAUUUAUCUUUGGGAAUAAGCAUUCGUUGUGAUUGGCUUGUUUUGUCUUGUUCAUGAUGUUAUCUUUAAUUUUUUCUUCUUUUAACAAUAUGGAUAAAAAAUUAUUCACAUUUAUUAUUGUUAAUGAUUUUUAUGGCAAAA